UAAGGCAGCAAAAUGUGACAACUGUGCGAGGUGUGUAGACUUUCACUAGGCACUGUAUCUCAGUCUGUGAUGAUAAUGUAGUCGGGUGGGUGGUAUUGUGAUCAAGAAGGAUGGCCAUUUAAUGUUUACGAGUUUACACAACAAGAGGCUUUUAGUAUUUCCGGCUCUCACCCUCCUUAACCGUUUUACUAUGUCCAGGGGAAUUAGGGUUUUCCUGUCAAGGAGGUCCCUCGACCCCAAAAUUCUGAUGUUGGCUACUCUGUCUGUCACUCUGGUAUUGAUCGAGAAAAAUAAAUUUUUCAAACACAGGCUCUUUAACUUUGAGUUUUGAUACUUCAUGGUACUGUUGGGUUUGCACAAGGCUAAUUGUUUUCCUCUCUAUAUUACACCAAACAUGUGGACUAGGUACUGUGUAGUGAUCUUGACCUUACCGAGGUGUUAUCUUUUCAAUAUGUAAUGCGGAAGAUUUCAGGACUGGGUGUUUGUGUGGGUAUUUGUGAAUAACUUAUUUUCCUGUUUUUACAUGUCAGUUAUAGGCUGACAUGUAGCCUAGCCUACCAGACGUAUGCAGACUGCUAGACAUGUGCACAUACUUAACUGUACACACACUCAUUAUGUUCUGACUGCCUCUUGGUAGUCUUUCCUGUGGAACAACAGAGGCUUUUAGCGCAAAAGCUUUUGUGAAUAAUUCAGGCCUGAUAUUAUUUGCUGAUGUUAGCAGAAGCAAGCCGGGGCACUAAAUGACAUAAAUGGAUUUCCUCCAUCAGAUCUAACAGGGAAGGGUGAUGGUGGUGUUGCUGAUGGUAUAGGGCAGAGUGGAUGAGGUGGGAGGGCACUUUCUCAUCCACUAAUUGGUUUAGACACUUAAGACACUCCCAGUUUGGGUGGACACGCUGCAAGGCUGCAGGCAGUGUGUGUUUAUAAGAGCCGGCUGGCACUUACCACCCCCUCAUGAGCCGGCCUCCUAGAAAUCAUCAGAUCCCCAAACCGAGCGGGCCGGGCAGUGGUAUACGGAAAAGCAGCAGCAGCAGCGGCAGUGGCAAGAUGCUGUCCAUGUCGUACAGCGAAAGCAUGCGGAGUGGCAUCAGCCGCUACCACUCGGACCAGGGCCUAAACCAGCCACGGCCCACCGACCCAGGGGAGCUGCAGCGCCUGAGGGAGCAGAGGCAUGCUGCUCAGGUCAAGAACAUGGAGGACUUCCUGAAGAUGAACGGCCUGGCCCUGGAGGAGUGUGUGUCCUACCAGACUGGCAUGAAGUACAGAAACCUUGGGAAGUCUGGCCUGAGGGUGUCCUGCCUUGGUCUAGGAACAUGGGUGACGUUCGGAGGGCAGAUAACAGAUGAGAUGGCGGAGCAGCUGUUGUGUCUGGCCUACGAGAACGGCAUAAAUCUGUUUGACACAGCAGAGGUCUACGCCGCAGGGAAGGCUGAGGUGGUGCUGGGGAACGUCAUAAAGAAGAAAGGAUGGAGGCGUUCCAGUCUGGUGAUCACAACAAAGAUCUUCUGGGGUGGAAAAGCAGAGACUGAAAGAGGGUUGUCCCGAAAACACAUUAUAGAAGGUUUAAAGGCCUCACUGGAGAGACUGCAGCUAGAGUAUGUUGAUGUGGUGUUUGCAAACAGACCGGACCCCAACACUCCCAUGGAAGGGAUAGCUGAGACGGUGCGGGCGAUGACCCACGUGAUCAACCAGGGCAUGGCCAUGUACUGGGGCACGUCCCGCUGGAGCCCCAUGGAGAUCAUGGAGGCGUACUCUGUGGCACGGCAGUUCAACCAGAUCCCUCCCAUCUGUGAGCAGGCUGAGUACCACAUGUUCCAGAGGGAGAAGGUAGAGGUGCAGCUACCAGAGCUCUUCCAUAAGAUAGGUGUGGGGGCGAUGACAUGGUCACCGCUGGCCUGUGGGAUCAUCUCAGGGAAAUAUGACAGCGGGGUCCCACCUUACUCCCGCGCCUCUCUUAAGGGCUACCAGUGGUUGAAGGACAAGAUCUUGAGCGAGGAGGGCCGGCGUCAGCAGGCAAAGUUGAAAGAGCUGCAGGCAAUCGCGGAGCGGCUGGGCUGCACUCUGCCCCAGCUCGCCAUCGCGUGGUGCCUACGGAACGAAGGGGUGAGCUCCGUCCUCUUGGGGGCUUCCAACACCGACCAGCUGAUGGAGAAUAUAGGAGCAAUACAGGUUCUUCCCAAACUAUCCUCCUCAAUCACGCACGAGGUAGAUAGCAUCCUGGGGAACAAGCCGUACAGUAAAAAGGACUACCGCUCCUAACGCUCCGCCACGACGCCAGCCAGCCAGGACUGCUCCAGGGCUGCAAUGCAGGUCCAUGCCCCACCUUUGCCUGAUCCUCUGUUUGCUUGAGCUUUUACUGAAUGAGACCCCGGCGCAUGAGUCUGGCCCCACCUCGGCCACCCUGGGGAGCAUCAUUUAGAGUUACAGGGAAAAGAAAAGGAUGAAGAAAUAGGGACGUCACCUCCUCAAGGGAAGGAAGGAUAGAUAGAAAACAAUACAGAGCGAGAGGUUAAA